AUUGAUGGUUUGUUAUUCUCUAGCUUCAGACUGUGAUCAGUUAUAGUCUCUGGAUUAGGUUAUCAUAAACUAAUUGAAGCUACAGCAGCAGCAGCUAGCAGAAUUACAAUUUUAUUGCUUCGCUCUAUCUACACAGAGAAGAUGUCUGAUUAUCUCACACCAGCCGAUCUAAUAAAGUUGUACCUAGCUGUGUUUGAUGCUCGGAACCAAUGGCGAAACAUCUUGUUGGUGCUCGAAGUAUCCUCAGAUAUUAUUGACAGCAUUGGUACGAAAUGGCGAAACAAUCCUGAUGACUGCUAUCGAGAAGGUUUGAAAGAAUGGCUGAAAGGUGGGGAAGGAAGCUGGGAAGAUGUUGUCAAAGCUUUAUCCAGUCCCACUGUGGGUCACAGUGACCUAGCCAGAACCAUCGAGAGAGAUCAUGUACUGCAGCCUACUGAGGACUAUCUCACAAUAGCAGAUCUAGGAGAUCUAUACAUAGCUACGUUUGAUGCUCGAAUCAAGUGGCGAAACUUCUUGCUGGUUCUUGAGAUACCCUCGUAUACUAUCGACAGCAUAGGUACGAAAUGGAGAGAUGAUCCUGAUGACUGCUAUCGUGAGGGUUUGAAAGAAUGGCUGAGUAAUGGGGAGAGACGCUGGGAAGAUGUUGUCAAAGCUUUGUCUAGUCCUAUUGUGGACCACAGUGCCCUAGCCAGGACCAUCGAGAGAGAUCAUCUACAGUCUACCACUCGUGAUGUGAAGUCAGAGGUUGACCAAACUCGCCAGAAGAUCAAUGAAGAUUUGACCAUUUUCCUAGACGAACGACUCGGUAAAGGUGCAUAUGGAGUAGUCUUCAAAGGAAGCUACAAGGGCAAGAUAUGUGCAGUCAAAGUGCUGCUUCACGAUACUAUGGAGAUGCAGACAAGUAUCCCAACCGGCAAAAGUGAAGAGGCCAGCAGGGAUUUUGAUCGUGAGUGUGAUUUUCUCGAGUCGCUUCAGCACCCAAACAUUGUUCAGUAUUUGUCAACUACCAAGCACCCCAAAUCAGGUGGUACGAUCCUCGUUCUAGAGCUGAUGGAUUGCAAUCUGAGAUCCUACUUCUCCGGCCUUGAUGAAGAGUCCCUCACUAGUGAAUGUGAAAUUAGCCUCUCCAAAGACAUAGCUUGUGGUCUGGCCUACAUUCACAGCAAGAAGAUUAUCCACCGUGACCUCUGUGGUGAUAACAUCUUGCUAAAGCUUGCACAACCACUGCCUGUUGCAAAGAUUUGCGACUUUGGCAUGUCACGGCUAUACGAUCCCUCCAAGUUUAGCUCCACCCUCACAGCCGUUGGUCACCGUAUGGGGUAUCUACCUCUCGAGGCCAUUCGAUUGAACAGGGAGAAAUACGAUAAUAGUCUGGAUGUAUUUUCCCUUGGGGCAAUUAUGGUGCAGAUUGUUUGCAAACUGAAGACAAUCAAAUCAGUCGAGGAUCGAUCAUUCUAUGUUACCCAGAUUCCUCACACACACAGGUUGAGGAAGCUUAUCGACAGUUGUUUGCAAGAAGACAUGACGAAGAGACCAACUGCCAGGGACAUCUAUGCCUCACUGACAGGUCAAAGGUCAAAGGUCACCCAACCAGUCAAUUCCUCUGUUGAUGAGCAGUUGAAGUACGUACACAAGCUGAAAGAGUUGCUGGCAGAUACAGAGAAAACCAUCAACCUCCGUUACCUCAAACUGUACCUAAUUGGACUUUCAGGGCUCGGCAAAACCACCUUCCGAAAACGUCUGCUGGGUCACCUACGUAACCUGGCAUCAAUCCCACCACAAGACAGAGAACGCUGCAGCACUCUUCUUGCCGAGUGUAAUCAAGUCCUGGCUGUGUCAAGUGACUCCAAAUUGAUUGUCAAAGCCUCCACAGAUAUUGACAACGAAGCACAACUGAUUUUUGAUUACUUAAUUGACUUUCAGCAAGUUCUAAAUGCUGCCAUUUCCAAAGUAGUCGAGUCUGCUGAUCCAACGAAUGAUCCUAUUAUUGAUUCAAAGACAAAAGAAGAUUCUCAAGUUCCUCAGGAAGGAGCAAGCAGGCCGGCCAAACUAAAGGCUCCAGAAACCAAGAUCGACAAGAUCAUUGAAAACCUUCGAGAUAUUGUCAAGCGAGGCAAUUACAAGGAACAGUUGGUAGGCACAGUUUUGCUCAACAUCAUUGACAUAGGUGGACAACCCGGCUUCAUGGAGAUGCUUCCAUUAUUGAGCAAGGGCCCAGGGAUGUUUCUCGCCUUCUUCCCUCUCGAUAAAGAUCUCGACGAGCUCUAUGAAGUUUCCUACAAACGUGACCAAGACAAAAUCACCCCCUACCAGGCAAAGUAUACGAUUCGAGAGACCCUCUCCCAAAUUCUUUCAGCCAUCAGCCAUGUUGAUUCGGAUCUUCAUUCCGAGAUUGCUGAUAAAGUACAUUCCCGAGAUCUUCAAGCUGUCGUGAGUCUAGUGGGCACUUACCAAGACAAGUUGGAAAUUCAAGCCAAGGCAGAAGUUGUUCAGGCAAAGCUCAAGGGGGAUUACCCCGGACUUGACGAAAACACCCUGGGAGCCGCAAUACAGCUGAUUCUGGAGGUGCAGCAAGAAGUCGAAUCUGAGCAGAAGGUGGAGGAUAUUUUUUUUGAAUUAGAAGCAGAGGUUGGCAAGCAACUUGAAUUGGAUUCCUUUUCAAAAGACCUUGUAGAACAUGUGGAGCAAAUAGCAAAAGCGAAGGCCACCACUGAAAAACAGCAGAAACCAACCACACCACAAGAGGAUACCGAAUUGCAAGUGGAAGUUCUCGAGAAAACGCUACCUCCUGAAAUCAAAAACAAAUUGAAACAGAGCACACCCAAAGCUGUUCAACUUUUGCUCCAGUUGAAGCAAUGUAACGAAACCCUCUCCAAGAUAGCAAGUGCAGUCGUUCAUCAGUUGAGCACAGCUUCUACCAUUCAAGCCGAUACUGAAAAGUGUUUGCAGUCAAAACUCCAAGAGAAACACGAAGCCUUAUCCACCAUUACCUCACAUUUUGGGGACAUAAUCAACCACCCAGAUGACAGUCACUUCUUCUCCGUGGACAACUUCAGUGGCACAGAUGCUGACAUUGAUCCGAUUCGUGAACACCUUCAAACAGUGUUUGACUCGUUUUUCAAAGCUGCCGAACUCCAAAUUCGCCCUGUACAGCUCCUUUUUGGUGUCAUUCUGAGGAAAGAGUUUGAAAUUGCGACGAUGGAUGAGUGUAUUCAGAUUGGCAAAGCAUUGAAGAUGGAUGAAGAGGAGGUGAAGUUCACUAUUUGGUAUUUGCACCAGUGUGUGGGGGCCCUUCUCUACUACCCUGACAUCCAUGACAAAGAGUCUUACUUCAAAAACCGUGUCAUCUGCAGCCCCAAUGUUGUCUUCAACAGCAUCCGUCUCCUGAUUGUCGAAUCUCUUCUAUCUCUACACUCAUCCGAUAGGAAGUAUCGUUUCACCGCUGACGAGAUCAAUAAUUGGCAAAAAUUUGGGCACUUCUCGAUUACUACGAUUAAACGCUGCUGUUCCAAGUCAAACAAGGCAAAAGUGAGGGAAGGUGAAUUGAUCCCGGUCGACAAGCUUGUGAAGUUGCUUGAGCAUGUCAGUCUCCUUGCACCCAUAGUUGGUAAAGGUCGCCAGCCAGUCUACUUCAUGCCAGCUAUCCUCAAGUGUGCCUCAAAGGAAGAGCUUUCAAAUGCUCCAGCCAUUGAUUCCAACACACCCUCUCCAAUCAAGAUUACCUUCGAGUCUGGCUAUGUGCCCAUUGGUGUCUUCUGUGCCAUGAUUAGCAAGUUGGUUUCCGAGGUACAAAAAGGAAUUUUGGGGCUGAAAUGGAAUCUGCGAGAAUCUCGUGUCAUGAGAAAUCUGGUCUCUUUCGAAGUUGGUAGUGCCAAACAUUAUAUUACGCUUGUAGCCCACGCCGACUGUUACGAGAUUCGACUCACAAGACGUGAAGAUUGUGACAUGCAUGAUCUUUGCUCCUAUGUGCUGACUACCGUCCUGUAUAAUGUGAUGAGCGGAAUUAGCAAGAAGAUCAGGCCGAUUGUUGCAUUCGAUUGUCAGUGCCCAAAACAUCAGAACGUUGAAGAAACGAGUUUGUGCAAGUUGAUGGAGGGUCGCAGUCCUUUCUUUCAGUGUGAGGACGGUCGUGUUAUUCUGCCACCACAUCAGGAAUGUUGGUUUGGAAAGGAAGUUAAAUUGAAUGAGGAAGCUGUUCUUGUAGCACUGCCAUUUGCUGACCCUGAUGACCUCUCCUUCAAGUGGACCAGGAAAGGCAAUAAGGUGGCGGGUGGAUCAGAUAACGAGCUCACUGUGGAUAAAGUGACGAGGGAUAAUUGCGAUGGGUUCUACACUUGUGAAGUAUCCAAGAACAAGGAGCUCUGCUUCAAAGUGCACCACUGCUUGAAAAGUAUCAGUGAGGCCACAGCUACAGGUGGUGACAUAACUCUCAAGACUGUCAAAUAUGCUACUUCAGAUGCUCGUACAAAGUGGUACCACCUGGCCAUUAACUUGGAUGUGGAUGAGAGAACUAUUAAAAGUAUAGAAAUGUCCCACAAUGGUCGUGUGGAUGAGUGCUUUGUUGCAAUGCUGGAGGCCUGGUUCAAGAAGGGAUCUCCGAGCUGGUCGGUCAUGGUGGAGGCUUUGAGAGGCCCCAGUGUCGAGAGGGGAGACCUAGCCGACGUUAUUGAGAAGGAAUUUAUUUUAAGUUUGCUUCCAAGGUCUCUCACGCUAACAGUGAUAAGCACUGUCUUGCAGAGAGUUCGUGCUAAAUGGUUUGAGCUGGGGGUCGCGUUGGGUCUACCAGACGAAACACUACAGGUUAUUAAGAAGAAUCACCAUGCCACAGGAGAUCGCGCGCGCUUCACUAAAAUGCUUGAAGUAUGGCUCCAGUCCUCACCCAACCCCACCUGGUCUGAUCUGGUUGAAGCCCUGAGGUCACCAGCCAUUAACCGUCCUGACAUUGCUGCUGAGAUUGAGGACAAGUACAUCAAGAGUGAUGACUCCUCAGUGCAGGAAAGCAAGGACACAGCAGGGUCCCUCACACUAAGAGAGGUGAAAUCUGCCUUGUGGGAUGCUCGUGAUGAAUGGUACAGCCUGGGGCGUCUGUUGGGUCUAUCAUUCAGCACACUACUGGCUAUUCAGAAGAACAACCGUACCAGGGAAGAUCGCUUCACUGCAAUGCUUAGACAAUGGCUCCAGUCUCCAUUCAACCACACCUGGUCUGAGCUGGUUGAAGCCCUGGGGAGAGCACCACUCAUUAACCGUCCUGACAUAGCUGAUGAGAUUGAGGACAAGUACAUCAAGAAUGAUGACUCCUCAGUGCAGGAAAGCAAGGACACAGCAGAAAGAGAGCAGCCGCAACAGGGUCGAGUUCAACCUCUUAAUAGGUCCCUCACACUAAGAGAGGUGAAAUCUGCCUUGUGGGAUGCUCGUGAUGAAUGGUACAGCCUGGGGCGUCUGUUGGGUCUAUCAUUCAGCACACUACUGGCUAUUCGGAGGGACAACCGUGCCGGGGAAGAUCGCUUCACUGCAAUGCUUAGAGAAUGGCUCCAGUCCUCAUUCAACCCCACCUGGUUUAAGCUAGUUGAAGCCCUGAGGUCAACACUCAUUAACCGUCCUGACAUUGCUGGUGAGAUUGAGGACAAGUACAUCAAGAAUGAUGACUCCUCAGUGCAGGAAAGCAAGGACACAGCAGAAAGAGAGCAGCCGCAACAGGGUCGAGUUCAACCUCUUAAUAGGUCCCUCACACUAGGAGAAGCGAGAGCUGUCUUGUGGGACGUUCGUGUUAAGUGGUUCUACCUAGGGCUUGUGCUGGGUCUACCAUACGGAACACUAGAGGCUAUUGAUAAGGACCACCAUACCUCAGAAGAUCGCUUCACUGCAAUGCUUGGAAAAUGGCUCCAGUCCUCACCCAACCCCACCUGGUCUGAGCUGGUUAAAGCCCUGUGGUUACCAAUUGUUGACCGUCCUGACAUUGCUGAUGAGAUUGAGGACAAGUACAUCAAGAAUGAUGACUCCUCAGUGCAGGAAAGCAAGGACACAGCAGCCUCUGUUAAAGAGCAGUUAAAGUACGUACACAAGCUGAACGAGUUGCUGACAGAUAAGAAGAACACCAUCAACCUCCGCUACCUUAAACUGUACCUAAUCGGCCUUUCAGGGCUCGGCAAAACCACCUUCCGAAAACGUCUGCUGGGUCACCUGGUUAACCUGGCAUCAAUCCCACCACAAGACAGAAAACGCUGCAGCACUCUUCUUGCCGAGUGUAAUCAAGUCCUGGCUGUGUCAAGUGACUCCAAAUUGAUUCUCAAAGCCUCCACAGAUAUUGACAACGAAGCACAACUGAUUUUUGCUUACUUGAUUGGUGUUCAGCAAGUUCUAAAUACUGCCAUUUCCAAAGUAGUAGAAUCUGCUGAUCCAACGAAUGAUCCCCGCAUUGAUGAUUCAAAGCCAAAUGAAGAACCUGAAGCAAAACAAGUUCCUCAGGAAGAAUCAAGCCAGCCAGCCAAACUAAAGGCUCCAGACACCAAGGUCGACAAGAUCAUUGAAAACCUUCGAGAUAUUGUCAAGCGCGGCAAUUACAUGGAACAGUUGUUAGGCAAAGUUUUGCUCAACAUCAUCGACAUAGGUGGGCAGCCUGCCUUUUUAGAGAUGCUUCCAUUUUUGAGCAAGGGCCCGGGGAUGUUUCUCGCUUUCUUCCCUCUCGAUAAAGAUCUCGACGAGCUUUAUGAAGUUUCCUACGAACGUGACCAAGACAAAAUCACCCCCUACCAAGCAAAGUAUACGAUUCGAGAGACCCUCUCCCAAAUUCUUUCAGCCAUCAGCCAUCACGUCACAGUUGAUUCAGAUGUUGAUUCCGAGAUUGGUGAUAAAGUUGAGCAUUUUCGAGAUCUUCAAGCUGUCGUGAGUCUAGUGGGCACUUACCAAGACAAGUUGGAAGUUCAAGCCAAGGCAGAAGUUGUUCAGGCAAAGCUCAAGGGGGAUUACCCCGGUCUUGACGAAAACACUCUGGGAGCCGCAAUACAGCUGAUUCUGGAGGUGCAGCAAGAAGUCGAAUCUGAGCAGAACGUGGAGGAGAUCUUUUCCGAAUUAGAGGCAGAGGUUGGCAAGCAGCUUGAAUUAGAUUCCUUUUCAAAAGACCUUGUAAAACAAAAAGCAAAAGCAAAGGCUACCACUGAUAAACCAACCACAUCACAAGAGGAUACUGAAUUGCAAGUGGAAGUUCUCGAGAAAACUCUACCUCCUGAAAUCGAAAAGAAAUUAAAACGGAGCGCACCCAAAGCUAUUCAACUUCUGCUCCAGAUGAAGCAAUGUAACGAAACCCUCUCCAAGCUAGCAAGUGCAGUUGUCCAUCAGUUGAGCACAGAUUCUACCAUUCAAGCCAACACUAAAAAGCUGUUGCAGGCAAAACUCCAAGAGAAGCAUGAAGCCUUAUCCACCAUUACCUCAAAAUUUAGUGACGUCAUCAGCCACCCAGAUGAUAAUCAAUUCUUCUCCGUUGAUAACUUCAAUGGCACAGAUGCUGACAUUGAUCCGAUUCGUGAACACCUUCAAACAGUGUUUGACUCACGUUUCAAAGCUGCCGAACUCCCGAUUCGCCCUGUACAGCUCCUUUUUGGGGUUAUUCUGAGAAAAGAAUUUGAAAUUGCGACGAUGGAAGAGUGUAUUCAGAUUGGCAAAGCAUUACAGAUGGAUGAAGAGGAGGUGAAGUUCACCAUUUGGUAUUUGCACCAUUGUGUGGGGGCCCUUCUCUACUACCCUGACAUCAAGGACAAGGAGUCUUACUUCAAAAACCGUGUCAUCUGCAGCCCCAAUGUUGUCUUCAACAGCAUCAGUCUCCUUUUUGUCGAAUCUCUUGUAUCUCUACACUCAUCCGAUAAGAGGUCUCGUUUCACCGCUGCCGAGAUCAAGAAGUGGCAAGAAUUCGGACAAUUCUCGAUUGCUACGAUUAAACUCUGCUGUUCCAAGUCAAACGAGACAAAAGUGAAGGAAGGUGAAUUGAUCCCGGUCGACAAGCUUGUGAAGUUGCUUGAGCAUGUCAGUCUCCUUGCACCCAUAGUUGGUAAAGGUCGCCAGCCAAUUUACUUCAUGCCAGCUAUCCUCGAGUGUGCCUCAAAGGAAGAGCUUUCAAAUGCUCCAGCCAUCGACUCCGACACACCCUCUCCAAUCAAGAUCACCUUCAAGUCUGGCUAUGUGCCCAUUGGUGUCUUCUGUGCCAUGAUCAGCAAGUUGGUUUCCGAGGGACAAAAAGGAAUUUUGGGGCUGAAAUGGAAUCUGCGAGAAUCUCUUGUCAAGAGAAAUCUGGUCUCUUUCAAUGUCGAUAGUACCAAACACCACAUCACGCUGGUAGCCCACGCCGACUGUUACGAGAUUCGACUCACCAAAAAAGAUGAUUGUGACAUGCAUGAUCUCUGCUCCUAUGUGCUGACUACCGUCCUGUAUGUGAUGAGUGGAAUUAGCAAGAAGAUCGAGCCGAUUAUUGCAUUCGAUUGUCAGUGCCCAAAGCAUCAAAACGCUGAAGAAACGAGUUUGUGCAAGUUGAUGGAGGGUCGCAGUCCUUUCUUUCAGUGUGGGGAUGAUCGUGUUUCUCUGCCACCAAGUCAGGAAUGCUGGUUUUCAAAGGAAGUUAAAUUGAAUGAGGCACCUGUUCUGAGAGCCCUGCCGUUUGCUGACCCUCAUGACCUCUCCUUCAAGUGGACCAGGAAAGGCAGGAAGGUGGCGGGUGGAUCAGAUAACGAGCUCACUGUGGACAAAGUGACGAGGGAUCAUUGCGAUGGGUUCUACACUUGUGAAGUAUCCAAGAACAAGCAGCUCUGCUUCAAAGUGCACCACUGCUUGAGAAUCAGUGAGGCCACAGCUACAGGUGGUGACAUAACUCUCAAGACUGUCAAAGAUGCUACUUGGGAUGCUCGUGCAAAGUGGUACCACCUGGCCAUUAACUUGGAUGUGGACAGUGGAACAAGAGACAGUAUCAGAGAGACUAACUACAAUAACACGGAGAAGUGUUUUGUUGCAAUGCUGGAGGCGUGGUUCAAGAAGGGAUCUCCGAGCUGGUCGGUCAUGGUGGAGGCUUUGAGAGGCCCCGGGGUGGAGAGGGGAGGCCUAGCUGACGAUAUCGAGAGGAAAUUUGAUAGUGAAUAAACCACUAACUAAAUUAGUUUAGCAUAAAAAGUGUCGUUUAAAAUAAUUAUUUAGUUUCACGUUUUUGUAUCUUUUAUACAUAUAGCUAUAAUUAUAAUGUAUACCAAAGAAUUUUUUACGAGCCACA